AUGGACCUUAACUUAGCGAACUGGCUUAGUAAAGUAGAAAUCAUUAGCUGUCAACUGUUCAUAGUCAGCAGUGGAAGAGGGCGUAGCUUUGAUUGCUCAAGUUGCCCUCUCAUGGUUGAAUGUGAAAAAGAAUUGCUUUUGUUUAGCAACAGUCUUAUAAGGAUGAUGCUUCCCCUAGGCGGUGAUAAGAAAUUGUUCAGGUUAGCCAAUGCGAGGAAGAAGAAGGCUCGAGACCUGGACCAAGUGAGGUGCAUCAAAGACGAAGAAGGCAAGGUGUUGUUGGAAGAGGCGAGUAUUAGGCGCAUGUGGCAGACAUACUUCCAUAGACUCCUGAAUGAGGAUGGGGACAGGAGCAUUGUGCCCGAGGAGUUGGAGAACUCAGAAAGCCAGCGAGAUUUCAGGACGAAGCAGAUGCCAGAAAAAUGGAUGUGGAGUGUGAUGGUCCCACUGUACAAGAACAAGGGUGAUGUCCAGAAUUGCACCAACUAUAGGGGUAUCAAGCUGCUGAGUCACACCAUUAAAAUUUGGAAGAGGGUAGUGGAGAGGAGGGUGAGAAGGAGUGUGUCUAUUUCGGAGAAUCAGUUCGGAUUAAUGCCGGGGCGAUCGACUACAAAAGCCAUUCAUAUUGUGAGGAGGUUGAUGGAGCAAUAUAGGGAGAGGAAGAAGGACUUACAUAUGAUGUUCAUUGACUUAGAAAAAGCCUACAACAAAGUCCCUAGGGAGGUUCUAUGGAGAAGUUUGGUGGUUAGCGGCGUUCCGGUAGCGUUCAUUAGGGUGAUUAAGGAUAUGUACAAUGAAUCUAAGAUUCGGGUGAGGACCAUGGGAGGGGAUUCAGGUUAUUUUUCAGUGAUGAUGGGAUUGCAUCAGGGAUCAACUCUUAGCCCAUUUUUAUUUUCCCUAGCGAUGGAUGUGCUAACGCGUAACAUCCAGGGGGAAGUGUCAUGGUGUAUGUUAUUUGCAGAUGAUAUAGUGCUUAUUAACGAGACGCGCGACGGGGUUAAUGCUAAGCUGGAGGUACGACAUCGGACGAGCGAACAUACUUCCAUUGCUACCAUUUCUGAUCUUGUUGAAUCAUGGAGACCGCAUUGCAGCACUUGA